AUGCCUAAUGAAGAGGGUUUCGAAUUACCAAAAAGAAGAGAAGCCGCUAGAAAUGUCAAUUAUAAUGAAAAGGAAGCAGACGCUGAAUUAGCUAAGAGAAUACAAAUGUUGGAAAAGAACAGUAAUAAGAACAUCGGUAAUAAUAGCCAAACUCUCAAAAAUACUAGAAGUAACUCAAUUAAUAGAAACGAAAAGUUUCAGUAUCAAAAAUUUCUUCAUGAUAAGAAUACCUGCUGGAACUUUAUUCCUACAUUACCUCCUUCGUUCAGGAAGAAUAGCAGGUUUUCUAAUGUGCUAGAUUUAGAAGAUUCCAUGAUAGAUUUGAAGAAAAUGUCCCUUUUCAAUAAAGAAUCUGUACUUCUAUCUGCGAACGACACUAUCUAUAUGAUAUCAGAGCCUGCAGGCGAGCCGUACUAUAUUGGCAGAGUUGUGAAUUUUGUCAGUAAGCCUGAAUUUUCCAACGCCAUUCAUGAAGCUAUAAAAACGACAUCUGUAUUCCCUGCUAAAUUUUUUCAGGUUAGAAUGAAUUGGUUCUACCGUCCUAGGGAUAUUCAAGAACAUGUAAGUACUUUCAACCCAAGAUUAGUGUACGCAUCAUUACAUCAGGACAUAUGCCCAAUUUCAUCUUAUAGAGGUAAAUGUAAUAUAUUUCAUAGGGACGAAGUUUUGGAUGUUCUUCCCAAUGAAAAGGAGAUCAUCACGCGGCCAAAUAUAUUCUAUUUCGAUGAACUUUUUGACAGAUACACCUUGAAGUAUUACAAAGUUUACAGCACGGAUAAAAUACUAAACAAGUGGAACAGCAAGUCUCCAUAUCUUUAUGUUUUAAAUAAAAAGUUUCGUUAUAUCUAUGCAGAACCCAAAUAUCCAUUAGAAAAAGUUUUGAAGAAGUAUGUUUUCCAAGAAGUAGAUGUAGAUGCAAUAAUUCCUACAGACUACGAGUGGGAUAAAAGGUGCCAAUUUUGUAAAGAAUGGUGCAUACAAAAGGAAAGCCUCUUGUGCGACGAGUGUGGUGUUUGUGCACACCUGUACUGUAUGGAUCCACCACUCGAUAGAAAGCCAAACAAAGAUGUUGUUUGGACCUGCUUUCGUUGCCUACAAAAACAAGAAGGUACUGAAGACUCGAAUAUCAGGUUUCAGAAAGAACAAACAGCAGAACUAGGUUUCAUUCGUUCCGUAAGACAAAAAAUCGAAGAGGCUUCUAACAGAGCAAUUAAAGAAAACAUUGAUUAUAAUACUGAAAACUACUGGUUCCAAUAUUUAGGAAUGUAUUCCAUUUCUCACAUUGAUGAUAUAUUGAACGAAUCCGCCUUUUUUCCAUACCCUUUCAAACCUUCUAGAAUAGGUGCGAAAUACCAAUGGGACGGUUGUAUUGAUAAUUUGUCCUGGACACCAAAUCCGUAUUCGAAUAUGGAUACAGAAGAGGAGCGAGGCUCAAUAAAAACUUCCGAAUUAGCAUGGGUAUUUGAUUCAUCAAGGGUUACUACACAAAAAUUGAAUGAUUAUGUCGAACGAUGCAAAAGGGAAUUGUGCCCUGUUCUAAAAGUAAGAGGGGAGAUCUGUAACUUUAUUGAUGUAGUUCUCAAGAAUUUACUUUUCACAAAUUACGAUACAGUAGAGGCAUUUGAAAAAUCAAAAAGGGAACUAACCAGAGAAUCUUUGAAUGAACCAACAUUCACCGCUGAGGAAAUCCAAAAGUUUGAAGAAGCUGUAAAGAAAUUUGGAAGUGAACUACGUCCUGUAUGUAAGCAUGUGAGUAGUCAACCUAUGUCAAUGAUUGUUAGAUUUUAUUACAAUUGGAAGAAGACUGAAAGAGGCUUUGAAGUAAGGGGAAAACUGAGUAAGAUGUCAAUACAAAAGAGAAAGAAAGACACGACUGAUAACGAAAGUGAUCUGGAGACAAAGUAUAUAGAUGACUCUUCCUUUGAUACCGAAAAAUUGUCUCUAAAAGAAUCCUCCUUUCAAUGUAUGUUUUGCAAAAUAGACUACUCUCCGAUGUGGUAUAAAGUUACUGGCGGUUCAGAUGAAGAAAACAUAAAGGUAAGAAUGCAAACAGGCGUUAACGAAAAAACAGAAAUUUCAGAGAAACCGCCUGCCCAUAGUCAAAGAAAUGAGAAACUUGGUGCUCUUUGUAUUCGUUGUGCUCGUAUAUGGCGAAGAUACGCAAUUAGAUGGGUAUCUCCGCUCGAAAUCCUAAGGAAAGUAACAGGAACAAGUCAAAAUAGUUUCUAUUUAGCGAUACAAAGGAUUAUCGAGGAAAGUAAUAUCAAUAAAUUUACACUAUCUCCAUUUCAAGCUCAUAGUAAACUAUUAGAGUGGGAACUUGUUCAGGAUUCGGAGCUGAUAAUUAGACAAAGAAUGAAAGUCUAUGAAAACCCAAAUUCAUUCAUAAAAAUGAAGCGUUAUUCUAUGACAUUUCAUGCACAACUUCAUAGAAUGGCUUUGAGAUCUUAUCGCAAAAAUGAAUUUAACCCGGAAAGGAUGCAAAAAGAUCUUGAAUUGUUUCUGGUAGACAAGAAGAAAGAGGUAGGAAAACCUCUCAAAGAAGAAAAUCUAGGAAAAAAGAGGAACAACAAGGACGAAACUCCUGUGAACAUAGUUGCGCAAUCGCCAGGCGCUAUUAAAAAUGCUGACACUAUCCAGAAUCUCAGGUGCCAUGAUGUUUAUAUCAAAAGUGCUAAGAAGAGCAAUAUUUCGAAUACCACAGAUCUCCCGUAUGGUCGGAUAAAAAUACCAAUUAAAACAGAUAAUGGCUCUUUGGGUUCAGUUUCCGUGGAUGAAAAUUUUGAAUUCGUCAAAUUUGAUAGUAAAAUAUAUCAACGAUUACGAAAUAGCCUAAAAUCAGUGAAUAAUGAGAUGCCAAAGAAUAUGGAACCUUCAAUGAAAAGAAUAAAAAAGGUGGAUGACAUUGAGCUAAAUAGUUCGCUGAACUGCGCGAAUGAGAUUACAAACAAUUAUCCAGUUAUUUUACAUUCUAAAGAAACUUCUAUCGUUCUUGAAAAAUAUCAUGAUUGUAACCUACCAGGAAAAGUAUCAGAAGAAAACAUGAUUUUGAAUUAUACGAAGAACAAAAUUAAAUGUCCUAAUUCCCCACAAGAAAAUAAUACUACAAGAGAUUAUUGCUGUGCCUGCAAAGAAAAAUUUAAUUACGAUGAUAACUAUGAGGUAAUAUGUGGCAAUUGCGGGCUAACUGUCCACUAUUUUUGUUAUGGUGUAAAAUUAUUGAAGAAUGUGCAGGAAAAAACUGACCUAAAAAAAUAUAAAUGGCUAUGUGACCCUUGUUCAAAUGAUCUCAACUCUAUACUUUCAACAACCUACCAAUGUAGUCUGUGCCCAAGCAGAGAGUGCGAUUAUGAUAGACGCAAGGGCCAAUCAGUUAAAAGAUGCCCAGACGCAUUAAAAAGCACGAGUUUAGGUACAUGGGUCCAUUCUAUGUGCUCCCUUUUUAAUGAGGAUGUCAAAUAUGGUAAUGGACAGGCAAUGCAGCCAACUCUUAAUAUCACUACCAUACUUAUCAAAAACAACCGAUUUACAUGUGGUAUAUGCAAAACACAUGGCGGUGGGUUAGUCAAGUGUGAGAAAUGCUUGUACAGGUUUCAUAUCACAUGUGCACAGAACAGCUCUCAUUUCAAACUGAUGUUUGAAAAGAGAAUCAUUUCCACAAAUACUUCACUGUCAUGUAUAAGAGAUGCCGAUCUUAAUGAAACCUAUACGUUAAGACCUGUAUUGAUAUGUAACAGACAUGACGUUAACUCCAAAGAAAGCAUGUAUUUUCAAUUAUCGUACAAACCUCAACAUACCCUAUCUUAUAUGGAACAAUACUGUAGAUAUUAUAAAUGCGAAACUGGCCGUAGCCUAGUUGAGUUGAGAUAUUUCGAACAGCUCAGAACAUUAAGUAAUGAGAAGGGUUUACACGAACCUGUCACUGAUCCCAAGGUUCACAUACUCCCUAUCGAAAGGAUUUGUUCAUACUGUCAUACAAAUAGAAGUUUAUAUUGGUACGAAGGUAACAUUUGCCAUUCUUGUAACUUAAGAUCGGACGUUCAAGAAUCGGAUUCUGAUGGUGCGAAUCCUAAAGCUGCUAACAGUAAGGGUAUACCAACCAAAUGUGCCCAAAGAUUGAUGGAAGGAAUCAAACCGGCUAUGUUUAAUAUUAAUAUUUCAGAAACUAAUGUUGAUGAAAAAAAAGCGCAUCGACCAAGCCAGUGA